UUGAAGCACCUAGCGAGUUUUGUGUAUAAAAUCCUAAAUCGUCACAAGUUUUAAUACAUUAAAGUGAAUUAUACUGCUUCUGCUGAAACUAAAUUUCAAAGCUAUAAAAUCUGAAUUCCGUAAAAUAAGUUUUCUGAUAUUAAGAUUUAUGUGAAUCAUCCUACGUCGGGCUUUCACGCUACAUUUUCAUCAAUAUUAUUGUGUUGUUUUUGCGUUAAACUUCAUUAUCAAAGCAAAACAAAUGUAGUUUAAGGUUCAUUGUUCCAAUAUUUAAAAUCGAAUGCUUGUGACUAAGAAGAACUUAAAUCGAUAUUGGAAUACUCGUCUAUUGUUGUGAAAUGAGAGUGCAAAUUUUCUGACAAACUCCUGAUGGGUAACUGCUGACAGAACGCUAUAUUUAAUAUUCAUAGAUAAUUUAUAAACUGGUGAGUAGUGACUAUUAUAUUUUAUAGAACAUUUUGCUGUGAACACUUAAUCAUAAAAAUUCCCCAUACCCUAUCUAAAUUAUUGCUCGUUUUCACCAUGCUUUGUAAUUGUGUACCACCUAUUUUAUAAUUACAUCAUUAAUGAGUCAUCAUUAUAUAAAUCAAGAUAUUUUUGUUGUGUGAUACCUAUAGUUUUUCUAUACAUAAUUCAUAUUCUUCUUACACUUGUGGUUGAAGGUAUAUAUUUAAUACUUUCAUUUUUUCAUAUUUUUUAUAACAGUUUCUCUUAAUUUGUUAAGUAGUGUCUUGAUUAAAAGUCAUUUUUAUUAAGACCCUAUAGGAAAUUAAAAGCUACCCUUACUCUAUCAACUCAAAACAUCAAACAUCACAUAAAAUAAUGUGUAUUUCCUAUUGCCAUUCCACAAAUUUAUGUGAUAAAUAAGUACUUCUGUAAGUUAUUAUAAAGUAAAUGAAGAUUUACAAUCUUUACUGUAAAUCUUUAUUAACUUUAGCUUGUCAAAAUAUGCUUUAUUAAUCCUACAUUAUUUAUGUUACACAUUAAAAUAUGUUUAUAUGUUUUAAUGUACCUAAAUAGUGUUGUAUUAUUGAAAUAUGUUUUGUCACAUUAGGUAACUUUUCAUAGAGAAUAAGUUUGAAGAUAUGAGUAAUAUGUUUUAUGUUUUUAAAGGUAUUUUAUUAUUUGCUUAUAUUGAGUAAUUAUGAUUGAUACUUGUUUUUACAUAAAAUAAAUAUUCUAAUCAAUAAUUCAAUUGCACAAUAUUUGUUUAAAUAUUAUUUUUACUGAAAGUAUAACUAAUCAUAUAAAGUGAGUUUUUAAUUCAACUCUCAGUUAAUCCAAUUUUUUUACUACAUUAUCUUUUGUGUGAGAUUGAUAUAUUAAAAUCAAAUACAGCAUUUUGAGUUAUAUUUUCAAUCAUAUGUUAUCGCCAAUUUAGUUGUUUUAUGCCAAUGUGUUUUUGCAGUCACAAUGGGUCGAUACACUGGGAAGAAGUGUAGACUAUUGUCAAUGUUAUGGCUCACAGGUGGCUUCUUCUUUGUGGAACUCAUAGUGGGCUAUUUCACCAACUCAAUGGCCCUUGUCGCAGAUUCUUUUCAUAUGUUAAGUGAUGUUGCUGCUCUUGUCAUUGCUUUUUUAUCAGUUAAAAUGUCACCAAAGAAAUGGUCAAAGAAUACAUUUGGGUGGGCCCGUGCAGAAGUAUUGGGCGCUUUAGUGAAUGCUGUGUUCCUUGUGGCUUUAUGCUUCAGUAUAACAAUUGAAGCCGUCAAGCGGUUUAUUGAAAUCGAAAUUAUACAUGAUGCAAAAUUACUAGUCGCUGUUGGAACAUUAGGAUUAAUUUUGAACAUUGUAGGAUUAUUUUUAUUUCAUGAACAUGGUAGCAGCCAUGGACAUUCCCAUGGCGGCGUACCGCCACCAGCCAACGUGAGGCACCUCACAGAAAUCGUAAACAGUAAUGCGGACAUGGCACUCGGUCACAACGCAACAGACACAGAAGAAACAGAUGAAAUGGUACCACCGAAUACGGCCAAAAUGCCCAACAAUAAUAAACAGACGCCAUGCCGCGCCACCACUGACCCUGGUCAUAUGAAUAUGAAAGGAGUUUUUCUUCAUGUGCUGUCUGAUGCCUUAGGUUCACUAAUCGUAGUAGGCUCCGCUUUAAUCGUGUGGCUGACAGACUGGAAGUACAAAUAUUACAUCGACCCUGCGCUCAGUAUAGUGUUAGUGAUCCUGAUCCUUGCGUCAGUGUGGCCCUUACUGAGGGAGUCUUCGCUUAUUCUGUUGCAGACAGUGCCUACACAUAUCCAGGUGGACGCGAUUCAGCGACGCCUCCUGGAGAAAGUGGAUGGAGUUCUCGCCGUCCAUGAGUUCCACGUUUGGCAGCUGGCUGGUGACAGGAUCAUCGCUAGUGCACAUAUUAGAUGUAGAAACUUGUCAGAGUACAUGAAAAUAGCUGAGAAGGUGAAAGAGUUCUUCCAUAAUGAGGGCAUCCAUUCCACUACAAUACAGCCGGAGUUUGUGGAACUGCCCCUGGGCGGGAGCGAGAUAACGAGCGGUGCGUCCGCAGAGGCGCCGUGCGCGUUACACUGUCCGCCCAACGACUUGUGUCACAACGCAACGUGUUGCGGCCCCAACCAACAGGAGCGUAAUACACCAUCGCCGGCAGUCACGCCAUAUUUGUGCCGACAGCGCAACAUGGGUUCGAGAACAGAGUCGAUCUGCUCGAAUUCUGGCAACGGGCAACAAUCAAGGUUAGUUACAUGGGAAUUGGCCGCUUUAGAGAUUGGGUCCAGUAGCUGCUGAAUAACGUAGAGAAAAGCUCAUAAAAAUAUCCGGCUCGAAGGACCAAAUUUAUGAGAUUGAUUUGUUUCGAAAUUAUUUUCUUGACAAUUCACAUGCUAAUACACUUAUAAUAAAAUUUAUAAUUAUAGGUUUGUAGUGAAUUAUAAAAAUAUUGUUUUAGUUCCCUGCUCCAAUCGCCGAUGGUGGAAGGAGAGUUAGCCGUCUGACAGCCAACUGGAUUCAACCGGGAUGACUAGGCACACGUUACAACAUGAACGCUUGAUCGAGUGUAGUGAAUAUUUUUUUUAAUAACUACUUUAUAAAUUACACAAAACACGCGAUCGUUUAUAAGAUUUUAAUACUAUUCCUUUGUGUACAUUAAAAAUAUUUUUCCUGUGGAAAAUAAUUAGUUUCCUUUCGUACGCAGAAAUUAAAAACACUUUACUGAUAGUAACGAUUGUUCUUUGAAAUAAUCUAUCAAGUGGUCCAGAUAAUUUAUUUGAUAACUCUUGUUACCUAACUGUACAAUAUUGUUUUAGAAAUAAUUAUGAAUACGUCGUGUGUUCCUGAUUUUAACUAAUCAAACGAAAAAUAAAUCACCAUCUACGAGAUAUAGACAUAAAAAAAUCAUAUUAUUUAUAAAUUCUGUAUUAAUAUCCGCUACAUAUACUUUCAAUUUGAUUUUUUUUUUUUCAAUAAUAUCGAAUCUCCUCAUGGGAACGUGUGUAGAGGGCUUAACCUCUGCAUCAGUGGUGCAAAAUUAAAUACUUAAGCGUAAUCUUGCUGCGAUAUCCAACUUGCUGAUUAGCAGCUACUAUAAUAGGACAUAGUAAGUUGAAAUACAAUACAUUUUAAAAAUAUCAAGUUACAAUAAAAGAUUUUGUAGCAAUAAGACGGUGAAUACCAAAUUAAAGUGAAAAGUUGUUGACUUUGAUACUAUGUUUAAUUUGUGUUAUACGAAUUUCGUCUUUAAGACAAAUUAGUUUGAUUAUAUUGUUUAGUGUGUGUGGUAUCAGUUUUUUGAGUCUGUAUCUUAAUUUAAGGAUAUUUUAAUAAAAUCAUAUAUAAAUAUACUCUUAUGAAUAAUAAAUUAAAAACACAAAAAAUAUGGAAAGCCUCGAGUUGACCUAUUCAAAUAUAUUCCUUAUUUAAACGAGAAUAUACUGUUAUUUGUUCGUAAGUACAAUUCUAUAUUCAUACAUAUACCUACGUAUUGUUUAUCUCAACAAAUAUUGUGAUAGCCACCGUAAUUAUACUGAUAUGAGGAAACAUAAUACAUUUUGACAUUUUAAUAAUAGGGUCAAUGACCUGAUAAAUCGUAGCCACGUGGAUGAAAUGACAUAGUUUCCACAAACAAUGUUAUCAAAUACUUGUACACCUAGACAUGUCUUUUAAGUAGUCUGCAUUACGAAAUUAUCCUAUAAUAUUAUGUAUAAUGUACUAAUUCAAACGGUAAUUGAAUAUUAUUCAAGUACUUAUAAUGCUAUCAUUAUACCGCAUAAAUAAUUCAUACGCAUUCUUAUCAUAAACACCGUUUAAGCGGUGUGUGACUGUGUAAUAGUUAUUUUGGAAUAUAAUGAUCCGUAUCAUUGUUUGUACCUACAGUAAGUUACCUCAAAAUGUCAAAUUUCUUACAACAAUUUCAAACUGAAUUUUGCACGCAUUAAGGUAUAUAUUACGAAAAUAAAAUGGAUUGUAGAAUUUUGUUAGUUUUGUACAAAUUUGCUAUGGACUGUAUUACAGUAGUCUGUUUUUAGGUCGUGCGAAAAUCUUGUCAAUGAUACAAAAUGUAAGCGUCAAAAUAAAGCGAUAUGUAUCGUUAACCAUAGAACUUGUAUUGUUUCCGCUAAGUACUGCGUUACGCUAUAGCUCGCUGACCUCACCCAGUAUACGUAUUCUUUAGUUUCGACGCUCACAUAAUACUAUGGGUCAUUAUGCGUUUUGCCCUAAGUAUUUUUACCCUACCUAUUUGGCUACGCGCUCACUGAUUAUUUUCUGUCCAGUGGCUUUGUGUCAUGUCACCGUAACAGAAUAUUUACGGUGGCACGCACACUUAAGAGCUUGAUAAUUAUGUGACUUCCAUACAAAUUACAAAAACACAGUGACAGACGCAAAAUCAAAGAUGACCAAACAUUGCCAGUGCGCGCAUAGUCUUACACAUUAUAUAGAUUAUAUUAUUACUUAAUUUAUUAAUGGUGUAUUCAGUAAAAACACUUAUGGAAAUGUUAGACUUCUUUCAAUGACAUAAAUGUUAUAUUAAUGCCUUUAAAGCGGCCGAAACUCGGACAAUAGACGCUGCGCGUUCUUAUACAUGCUCACAUGUUAAGUCAAAUGUUCACAUGUUAUAAUUUUUUUGCUUAAAUUUUAGAAAAAGUACGACUAGAUUUCGCGAUAAAUUCUACCUCAGUGAGAAAUAAAAAUUAUUAUCUAACAGAAUUUCGAACUGAGUUUCAAAAUUCAAGCCCUGGUAAGAUCAUCUAACUGAUCCAUGAUGCAUAUUAAAAAAAAUAUUUCAAAGAUUAUUUUUAUUUAGUAUAAUACGAUAGGUAGAUAAUUAAAACUAUUGUAAUUGCAUCGUACACAAAACCGAAAAAUGUUUUAAUCUUUACCUAGUUCGCUAGUUACGUGAACUUCUGAAAAAUUAACUGACUUUCUAUAUAAAUACAUAUUAAAUGAACUUAUGUUCUAGUAUUAAACUAUAUUUCACUCAAAUGAACCUGAGAUUAGUUUGAAAAGUACUUAUAGACCAAUGGUAUUUAGGUAUGUAAGUAGUGAUCUAACGAAUACGGAUAUUCGUAUUUACUGAUAUAGUAGAUAUUUACUA